UUUUGGUUUGCGAUUUGGUCACUUUUUGGGAUCUGGUUCACUUUGUCUCCAGGUAGAGGCAAAGAAUCCAAGUCUGGUGACCAUGCCCAAGUUUGUCCCCCGUCAACGGAAGCAAAAGCACCGGCAAAGGGAGGCAACCAAUGUCCCGGUAGACACCAAUGUUGCCGAGCUUGCGCCCGUCUCCAAGAGUGAGAAGGAUGCCAAACGCCAGCAGCUAAAAGAGGAAUUGCGAGCACAACACGCUCAGGUUUCUUCGAAGAAGCAGAAGCGCUUAGACAAGUAUAUUGAAAACAAGCUAAAGAAAGAAGAGAAUCUCGAACUGCUGAAAAAACUGGCCCAGUCCAAGGUUGACACUUCAGCCCUUCAAAGCUCAAGGGAAUUAGGAAAGCGCAAGAGACAGGAUGAGAGAGUGCCAGUAUCUACAGCCGAGGAUCAUGACUCCCGCCUUGAUUCAGACCUGUCGGACGACGACUCGGACGACUCAUUACCCCCAUCGAAAGCGAUUGCCAGCGGCUCUAGACAGGAUGCUCCUGCACAAAAGCCUGCAGAGGAUCCAGCGACUGGCAGUGGUUUGAAGCGCCCUCUCCAACUGGGUCCGGACGGGUUCCCGGUCCUCAAAAAGCGAAAGCAGGCCCCGAAGAAACCGGAGAUAACGAUUACGAUGCCAGAAGUGCCAUGGGAGGGCUUCGGCUCGGGUGAUGAAGAUCAAAGUGGUGAGGACGAUGAAGAUUCGGAGAAGACAUCUGAGGAUGGCUCAAGUGACGCUGAAAGCGGCAGCGACGAAGAGGACGAAGAGGACGAAGAGGACGAGGACUGCAGUGAGGACGAGGAAGACGAGGACGAAGACGAGGAAGAAGAAGAAGAGGAGGAGGAGGAGGAGGAGGAGGAGGAGGAGGAGAAUCACAAAGUCGGCAAGCCUCGACAAUCCGCUUUCAAGACUUGGGCUCGGCAGCAAAUCAAUGAUGCCGUUGGAUUCAAGCCUGCCACCGUCCCAGUCGUCUCGGAGCCAAUGCCAUUUAUUUUGGAACCCAAGAAGCCAGUAAGAAACACAGUCUAUGAGGAGGAGCCAUUGCCUCUGGAACUUCAGGUCACUAAAGGGGACCCCAACCGGAAAGCGUUCAGUGUCCAGGUUAACCGGUCAGAGGAAAUACAAAACUCGCGCCUAGGACUGCCAGUUGUUGGCGAGGAACAGAAAAUCAUGGAAGCAAUUUACAACAACUCUGCAAUUGUGAUCUGGGGAGCCACUGGUUCCGGAAAGACGACGCAACUCCCCCAAUUCCUCUUUGAAGCAGGCUAUGGAAACCCGGACAGCCCCAGUCCAGGCAUCAUUGGAGUGACGCAGCCGCGCCGAGUUGCUGCAGUUAGUAUGGCGAAACGUGUGGGCGACGAGCUGGGAGAAUUCUCCGAGCAAGUCUCUUACCAAAUCCGAUUUGAGAGCACGGCAUCUAGCAAGACCGCAAUCAAGUUCAUGACUGAUGGCAUCCUGAUUCGGGAAAUCGCCGAAGACUUUUCCCUCAGCAAGUAUUCGGUCAUCGUAAUCGACGAAGCCCACGAACGGAGUGUCAACACCGAUAUCCUGAUUGGAAUGGUCAGUCGUAUCGUUGACUUGCGGAAGGCCAUGCGCGAGGAAGACCCAUCUGUCAAGCCUCUGAAACUCGUGGUCAUGUCGGCAACCCUGCGCAUUUCGGAUUUCACGCAGAACCCAAAUCUCUUCCGCCAAGGGCCACCACCUUUGGUCCAGGCAGAAGGUCGUCAAUACCCUGUGACAGUGCACUUCUCCAGACGUACCAAUCGCGAUUAUGUCGAAGAGGCGUUCCGCAAGGUGUCGAGAGGCCACCGCAAGCUGCCUCCGGGUGCUAUGCUUGUGUUCCUGACAGGACAGAACGAGAUCCGACAGCUUUCCAAGCGGUUGAAGCAGGCCUUCAAACCCACCCAGCGCGGCGAGGCUACUCAGGCCAAGGUCCAGAUCACUGCAAACGAUGCACCGCUUGAAGCGGAGGAUCUCGAGAUCGGUGGUGCAGAUCUGUCGAUUGCUGGCAACCAGGAGGAUGACGGAAGUGAUUAUGAAAUCACUGGCUUGGAUGAAGCCGAGGAAGACGAGGACGAGUUUGAUUUGGACGAAGAGGCCAUGAGCUCCUCCACGCGGGUUCAUGUGCUGCCACUGUACUCUCAGCUCCCUACCAAGGAGCAGCUGAGGGUCUUUGAACCCCCACCGGAAGGCUCGCGGCUUAUCGUCUUGGCCACUAACGUGGCUGAGACCAGUCUUACCAUCCCGGGCAUCAAGUACGUGUUUGACUGUGGAAGAGCCAAGGAGAAGCAAUACGAUCUAGCCACGGGUGUCCAGAAAUUCCAGAUCGAAUGGAUCAGCAAGGCUAGCGCCAACCAACGAGCUGGACGCGCUGGUAGAACUGGCCCUGGACAUUGCUAUCGCCUCUAUUCGUCGGCGAUCUACGAGAACGAAUUCGCCGAAUACACGGACCCGGAGAUCCUGCGGACACCCAUCGAGGGCGUCGUCCUCCAGAUGAAGAGCAUGGGUCUGCACAACGUCAUCAAUUUCCCGUUCCCGACGCCUCCUAGCCGCCAGGGUCUGGCCAAGGCCGAAAAGCUCCUCAAGAACCUGGGGGCGCUCACCGCAGAAGGCAAGAUCACGCCCAUCGGUAACCGCCUAUCGACGUAUCCCCUGUCUCCGCGGUUUGGCAAGAUGCUGUACGUUGGGCACCAGCAUGGCUGUAUGCCGUACAUCAUUGCGCUUGUUUCGGCUUUGGCGGUGGGAGAUCUGUUUGUUCCUCAGAACCAGAUCGAUCCUGUGCCAGCCAAGGAUGGCGAUGAGGCCAAGGGCGUCUACACGAACGCCGAUCGACUGGAGGACACGGCCCGGGAGCAGCGCCACAAGGACUACGCGCGGGCCCAUCGCCUCUUCAGCAAGCACGACGACACUUCGGACGCCUUGAAGUACCUAUCGGCGAUCUGUGCGUAUGGCUAUGCUUCGGAUGGGGAUUCGUUCUGCGAGCAGAUGUUCCUGCGCGCGAAGGCCUUCAAGGAAGCCACCCAGCUCCGUCGCCAGCUGACCGACAUUGUGCGAAGCAACAAUCCAGGCCUGGUCCAAGCCUAUCAGGCCCGCUUGCCCGAACCAUCCGAGAAGCAGGUCAAGGCGAUCAAGCAGAUUGUCACUGCCGGUUUCAUCGAUAAUGUUGCCCUCCGCGCCGACCUUGCGCCGGUUCCCCCAGAAAUGCAUCGUACACCCAAGAGAGCGAUCGACGUGCCGUACUUUACUCUUAUGCAAUCUCGCGAGGGACCGGGUAUGGAGCUUGACGAUAAGGCUGUAUAUGUGCACCCCUCGUCCAUCAUUGCGCAGCUCUCAGCCAAGGAAAUGCCCCAGUACAUUGUGUAUUCCCAUCUCCAACAAUCGUCGCCUUCCGUCGUGUCGGCCGACCAGACGCCCAAGAUCCGCAUGUUUCCUCUUGCCGCGCCCAGCGGACUGCAGCUCUCUGCCCUUGCACACGGGACUCCUCUCAUCGAGUACGGCAAGCCGAUUGGCAAGACGGACUUGAUCGAGGGCAUUCCUCAACGGCGAUCAUGCUGGGUGAUCCCGUCGCUGGUGGGUGAGGCUGGCGGCUCGCGGUGGCCAUUGCCAGCCAAGAAGGUGAUCCAACGGAAGGAUGCCAAGGAGGGCUGGGUGAUUGAAAAGUUUACCUCCUAAUGUAGUAUAUAAUCUGCAAUAAAAGCGAUGAUAUGAUGUGCCACAAAUUCUGAUUCCGUUUACCAGAAGCAUUC